AGUUUAUGAGAGUACUGUCGACCUGUGCACGACUCGCCCGGCAGCUGGACCUGAGCAUGGCAUUGGCGGGUCACCCAAAGUAACUUUUUGGAAUUUAGAUUUGAUCUAGAGUACUACGGCUUGGUGGCAACGUAGGGCGACAUGUAAGAUGGUUUGGUAUCCUCAAGUAGGACAACGGUCAGCGAACACCCUCCACUCCAAACUCAAGUCUACGAGUUCGCUCUUUCUCUCAGUCUCAACCAACACACUGUACACCAGCCAACACACGUUCAACUCCACCCGCAGUCGCUUCGACUCUUUUGGCUUCCAAACACCGCUGCAAAAGAUGAAACUCUCGAUCGUCGCUUUCGCCGUCGCGCUGAGCCUCGCCGUUUCAGCUGUCUCCUGCCAGCCUUCUGACAACGUCAUCAAAUGUGUCACUUGCACCCAAAGGACUGCCAAACAGUGCAGAGUCACCGGGCACACUGAAAAAGAAACCUGUGACUUCCCGUUGAAAGGGGGCGGUUUCUGUCAGCAAAUGCGCACCAAGAACCAUUACCGAUGUAGGAGGACUGAGUGUGCCACUUGGACUACCAUCAAUGCCAGAAAUUCUGAAGACAAUCAAGAAGCAUGCAAGCACAGGCAUAAACAUAUAUCCACCUUUCAGAACGAACCUGUUAUGUAUGAGUUCCUUUAAGUUAUUGCAAUCAGAACAGUAUGUAUGUAUCUGGGAAACCUUAUACAAAUGAAAAACUUUCCUGUUUGUAAUGAUGUUAUAUAUUAGAACAAGCCAAAGCACUUGAAUUCAUA